GUUUGUAUUGUGUUUUAAAAAUUAAAAACAUUGAUUAUUCAAAAAAUGGGAAGCGAAAAGCUUUUGUUCCGCUUGGAGCAGCCCCACGGCACUGGUGAUAUUUACACGGCAUGGCAAAAUGGCUCUGGCAUGUAUCUCGCAACGACCGGAGUCGACUGUAUAGUAAAUAUUUUCGACCGGUAUGGGCAAAUCCUGGACCGUAUUCGCUUGCCGAGUCUUUGCACCGGUUUUGGGUGGGAUUCAGAUGGAGAUCUUUUAGCGGUAAUUUGCCAAUCACCUCAACUUACACUGUGGGAUGCAAACACUCAGAAAAAGAUUCAAAUUGAUGUCAGAUUGAAAGACCAAAUGUCGUGUUUAAUAUGGGCUAAGACUGGCCCCAUGCUGGUUGUGGGGACCAUCAAGGGCAAUAUUUCUAUUUAUAAUCACAACACAUCAAAACGCACUCCUGUUAUUGGUAAGCACGCGAAAAAAAUCACGUGUGGAGCUUGGAACACCGAGAAUUUACUUGCAUUAGGAUCUGAGGAUAAAACAAUUUCCAUCAGUAAUGUAGACGGGGAUACUCUCAGAGUGAUCAAUUUGCGAGCGGAGCCCUCUGAAAUAAAUUUUUCUGAAAUGAAACUCGACGAGCGUAUGGGAGGCGAAAAUACCGUCAGCGUAAUUGUGGGAAAACGCACUCUUUAUCUUUACAAUUUGUUAGAUCCUGACAAUCCUAUUGAAUUAGCUUUUCAGCAACAUUAUGGUUCAAUUGUCACGUAUAAGUGGUUUGGAGACGGCUAUAUCUUAAUUGGUUUCAACGCCGGUUAUUUUAUCGCCAUCUCUACUCACAUUAAGGAAGUGGGCCAAGAGUUAUUUCAGGUCCGUAAUCACAAAAAUACCCUUACCGAUAUUACACUAAACGAGAAAAUUGGAAAAGCUGCAUCGUGUGGCGAUAACACCGUUAAAAUACACGACUUGAGCAACCUCCAGGAAACAUCAAGUGUCUUAACUUUAUCACAGGAGGCCGGUUUAGAGAGGAUAAGUUGGAGUGUUGAUGGUCAGUUGUUUUCAGUGUGUACACGUGGCGGUUCUUUGAACGUCUACGUGUCACACGUGCCGUUAUUAACUUCAGUUUCAACACCUAGAAUUGCGAUUUUGUCGAGUUUGACCGAAAUUAGCCUUUACAACUAUUCGUCAGAAAAAACUAAAUUGAAACCGAUUCCUAUAACAUUGGAAACUGAGCCUAGUUUUAUCGCCGUCGGCCCUUAUCAUAUUGCCGCCGGUAUGAAUAACCGCGUUUGGUUUUAUGACUUGACGCGACCCCAACCGGGAGUAGAUGACGCUCCUUUAAUGCUCAAAGAUCGACAGUAUUUAGGGGGCGUCACUAGCAUUAAACUCAACCCUGAAUACGCUUCUGUUUUGUUUGAAGGAAAACUACAGUUACAUAUGAUUGAACAACCGGAAGUUUGCCACGAAGAUCGCGAAACGAUAAUGUUUCCCAAUGCAAAUUCACCUAAUUUAUACAUAACUUGCCAUUUUUUAACAACCGAUUUUUUAAUUUACGGCACCGAUAUGGGAAAUAUUGUUUAUUUCCACAUUGAAGAAUGGGCUUUGGCACAUGAAUAUAAGCAUGAAGUUGGUAUCGUGAAUAUUUUUGCCGAUCCCGCCGGAACUAGAUUAGUUUUUGUUGAUAUUAAAGGCCAAGGUUACGUCUACAAUGCUGUGAUAAAUGAAGUUGUACACAUACCAAACCUACCAAAUAAAGUAUUAGGUGUUACGUGGGAUAGCAAUAUAAACGAUCGCAACAUUUUCAUAGUGUAUGAUCGACACGACAUUUUUACUUAUGUUUACGUCAGAUACUCAAUUAAUGGUUCCUCGGUCCAAAAAGUCGGCCAAACUUCGCUCGUAACCAAACAAAUCCCUUUAUUAAUGUACUCGGGUGAAGUAAUAUCAGCGACUCCCGGCGGUCAAAUAACUCAACUAAUUUUAAACACCCAUGACUCGCCUCAAAUUGGUAUCACCGAACGUGAUCAAACCAUUCAAGAAACUAAUUUUAACAAGCAGAUUGCAUUGUAUAGAUUUUCGGCCGCUUGGACUACUUGUGAGAAUCUUAAAUCGGAAGAAUUAUGGAGAAAACUCGCAAUAGAGGCAAUGAAACACUUGGAAAUCGAUUUGGCAAUUCGGGUAUUUAAACUCCUAGAUGACGUCUCUAUGGUGUGGUCGUUGGAGAGCAUCGCCGGCGUAGAGGAUCAUAAAUUGUUGUGCGGUUACGUUGCGAUGUUUUUGAACGACUUUGAUUUAGCACAGGAGUGGUUCAUGGGGUCGAGUUAUCCAGUGGCGGCUUUGGAAAUGCGAAGGGAUCUCCUCCAAUGGGAUCAGGCAUUGCAACUGGCGAAAAAAAUGGCACCGGAGCAGAUCGCGUUGAUUUCACGCGAGUAUGCCCAACAGCUCGAAUUCACCGGUAAUUACUCGGAAGCGCAUAUACACUAUGAAAAAGGUCUUCAAGAGGAUCUAAGUCCCGAACAUACGUUUAUUUGCAAAGCUGGAAUUGCAAGGACUGCUCUUCAUUGUAAUAAUACUCGACACGGGAUUAGUAUAGCCUUAGAAUUGGAUAAUAAACAACUUAUGAAAGAGUGUGCCGAAAUUCUCGAAAAAAAUAAACACUUAAAUGAAGCCGCGAAUUUGUUCGAAAAGUGUCAGAAUUACGAUCGAGCAGCUUUGAAUUACAUUAAAUUGAGAAACUGGCACAAAAUUGGGGAACUUUUGCCUAAAAUUACUUCGAACAAAAUACAUCUUCAAUACGCAGUUGCGAAAGAAAACGAAGGUAAGUAUGAAGAGGCAGUUCGAGCUUAUUAUACGGCAAAAGAUUACGAUUCCGUGAUACGACUCCAAUUGGAACACUUAAAUAACCCUGAAAUUGCCGUUGAACUGGUCCAAGAGACGAAAAGUUCCGAAGGAGCGAAACUCGUAGCGAAAUUUUUCCAAAAGUUAAACGAUUAUACUUCUGCAAUUAAAUUUCUCGUGAUGUCGAAAUGUAACGAGGAGGCUUUCGAUUUGGCCCGAAAGCACGGCAAAAUGCAACUUUACGGCGAAGUUUUACUAAAUACUUUAUCACCAGAUGAAUUAAGGCCUCAAGAUUUUAAUAGUAUUGCAACAUAUUUUGAGAAUGAACGAAAUAACUUGCUUGCGGGGAUUUACUGGUUUCACGCUAAGGAAUAUUCCAAGGCUAUGAAACAUUUACUAAAGGCCGCCAAAUCAAAUUCGAAGGAAAAUGAAGCUAUAACGGCAGCCAUCGACGUUGUUGCGUCGUCCAAAAACGAGACACUUUCGUCCCAAUUGAUUGAAUUUCUAUUAGGCGAAUCGGAUGGCCUACCAAAAGACCCGAAAUAUUUAUUCCGAUUAUACAUGGCAAGAAAACAAUACAAGGAGGCAUCAAAGUCGGCUCUGAUUAUAGCAAAUGAGGAGCAAAUCAAUGGUAAUUACCGAAACGCCCACGAUGUCUUAUUCGCAAUGUAUCAAGAGCUUAAACAGAACGGAAUUAAAGUCCCUAACGAAAUGCAAGCCAAUCUUAUGUUACUACAUAGUUACAUCCUGGUGCGUCUUCAUGUCAAGAGAGGUGAUCAUUUGAAAGGGGCUCGAAUGUUGAUCAGGGUUGCCAACAACAUAUCGAAAUUUCCCUCCCACAAAGUUCCUAUUUUAACGUCGACGGUUAUCGAGUGUCACCGAGCAGGGCUUAAACACUCUGCUUUCAAAUAUGCGACAAUGUUGAUGAAUCCCGAGUAUAGAAAAAGUGUCGACGCAAAAUACGCAAAGAAGAUUGAAGCAGUUGUGCGGAAACCUCCAAAGUCUGGGAAAGCCGGUGAUGGGGUUGGGGAUCCAAUAGAGCCGCUGACGCCAUGUCCCUACUGUGAGAAUUUGUUGCCCGAGACCGAAACAAAUUGCAACAGUUGUAAAAAUAAUAUCCCUUUUUGUAUAGUUACGGGCCGCCACAUUGUUACAGCAGACUUGACCGCUUGUCCCGAAUGUGAUUUUCCGGCUUUGCGAUCACAGUUUAUUGAGAUUCUCGAUAGUGAAGAUUCUUGUCCCAUGUGUUCGGAAAAGGUUGAUUCUCGCCGGUUACCUAGAAUUGAUGAUCCUAAGCCGUACUUAAACAUCGAAUAAUUUUAUUUGAUCUCAAUUGGAGUAUUAUUUAUUUAUUUAUUUUAGUACAAUUAGAUUUUAGAAAGAAGUGAUUUUAGCGAAUGAAACUUGUUCCGUCCAUUUUUUUUUAGUGCAAUAGACUAUUGUUGAAUUGUGAAAUAAAAAAUUAAAUAGAAA